AUGAGCAGCAGGCUGAUGGAAAUAGAAGCCAAAAAGGCUCGUAUUGCGGAGCUUAAGAGAUUGCGAGAAGAAAAACGUAUGCGUACUGUUUCUUCAUCUUCGAAUUUAUCUGAAUCGAAACCUUCAUCAACAAUUUCCAAAGAUAUUGACGAUCUGGUCAACAGUUUAGUAGGAUCAACAGUUUCAAGAUCAAGUACUCCAUCGGAGAGUGCAAGAAAUGCGUCUUCUCUUUCUAUGAGAGAAGUCCAAUCUCCUGGCAUAUCUUCGCUAGCAGGAUCGCCCAGAACAUCGCUUCCUGGAUCCAUGCAACCUCCAUCGCUACCUGAAUUUGAACGGGAAGAUUCAUUUAGCUCGACCACGGACGUUGUUGCACAAGCUGCUCCACCUGCAGUAGCAACUAGGCUAGAAACUAUUACCUAUUCUAAAGAAAUCCAAACAUCUGAGUCUUGGCUACGAGAUCAGCAAACAAAUACCACGGAAGAGGAAAAAGAAAAAGAAGAAGAUGAUUCUAGGAUAUCAUUUUCAGGAGCAUUGAGUCGGGAAGAAAUGGCUCGACUAAGGGAAGCGAUUCGUGCUGAAGUGGAAGAAGAGUUUAAGCGCAAGAUGGUACAGGACACACCUAAACCUGCGGGGCAAAAUAAAACUCAAAAAGAAGAACAAUUUUCUGCAAUUGAGAUUGAAAUUUGUGAUAAUAAGAAUAAUACCCCGGAGGUUGAGAUACAGUACAAGGAAAGAGAGCAAGCGGCAGACGAACUUGCACAAUUUUUAGAUCAGUCACUCAAGGUAGUGUCACGAGCGCUGGAUUACGAUUACGACAUUACUACGGACUAUGCAGCCAAUAGUGGGAAUGGGAUCUCGUCUUCAGUUUUUGGGGCACAUGGGUCAGGAUCUACGGGGCCUACUGCUGAAUUGACUGAGAUUGCACAGUUUUUUUCUGCAGAACACUCUGCAGGUCGAGCCGUCACUGAUUUGGACUGGUCGCCGUUCCACUCGGAGCUGCUGGCGUCAGCAUAUACGGAGCAGCGGGUAGGAGCAGGUGGUGGAUCUUGUGGGCCCAAGGGACUUGUACUUGUGUGGAACAUGCAUGCCCCAAGUCGUCCGGAGUACGUGUUUACUGCACGGUCGGAUGUUUUGGCCGUACGGUUUUCGCCGUUUGAUGCGAAUAUUUUGUUAGGAACUGCGUAUAAUGGGCAGGUGAUGGCAUGGGACAUGCGGGUACCUCCACGAGGUGGUAGUAGUGGCAGUAGUAGUAGGAGCGGGAAGGGUUUGGUUGUGGGAUACCGGGACCCAGUUUUGACUUCACCACUGAAUGGGUCGGGACACACGCAUCCGACUUAUACGAUGGCUGUGACGGGGACCCGACAUGCACACACAGUACUGACUGCUUCAACAGAUGGGGUUGUGUGCACUUGGGCUCCAGAUAUGCUUGCAGUGCCGCAGGACCGGUUGACGUUGAGUGCACCGUUUAUGGGGGCAGGUGGUGGGUCAUCAUCUGCGGGGCUUUCUGGGCUUUCUGGGAUAUCUGGUGCGCAUGGGUUGAUGGCCAGCAUGAGUGGGUUUCGGAGUGAUGAGGUUGCGCCAACACAGCUUGCGGUACUGCCACGGGACUCGUCAAGGUUUGUUGUUGGGACAGAAGAGGGGGCGAUUUACUCGUGUGCACGGUUUGGUCAGGCCGGUGCACGAGCCGGGAUAGUUGGAGUAGGCGAUGGGCGGCCAUUGUCGUCAUCGUUGUCGUCGUCUCCGAAUGGAGGAUUUGGGGGGGCGUUGUCGUCGUCGUCGUCGUCCUCAUCUAUUGGGGGUGUUUAUAGAGGACACAGUGCACCGGUGACUUCAUUGGAUUUCCAUUCACCUAGGGGGCCGUCUGAUUUUAGUGAUUUGUUAUUGUCCGGGUCUUUGGACUGGUCCAUCAAGUUGUGGCGAGUGCGUGGGGGGUCUUCGCAUUACCCUGCACAGGUUUCUCCAACGCGAGGGGCUGGUGGUGGUGGGCUAGCCAGUUUAGGUCUGGGAUCUCCUGGGAACAGUAGCAGUGGUAUUGGUGGACCUGGAAGAAUUGCGCCAUUGCUGGACAUUGCGCGGGACUAUGAGGUUUAUGAUGUUGCGUGGAGCCCUGCGCAUGCUGCUGUGUUUGCUGUGGUUGACGGGUCGGGUCAUGUUGAGGUAUGGGAUCUUUCUCGGGACACGGAGGCACCUGUAGCUCGGGCCAAGCCUAGCGUGUAUUCCGGGGGUUUUAAGCAGAAAAAGAGGAAGAUAAAAGGAAGGCUUGAAGGGGCGAAUUUUGAGGAGGAAUUAGAAGAAGAAAAAGAAAAAGAAGAAGAAGCAGCUGAAGAAGGAAAUGACUGGAGAAACCACCGGAGCCCAGAGAAGAAUAAUGGCGGGGGGUUGUCGUAUUUGGGUACUCGGGCAAGUUUAGCCGGGAUACAUGGAGGUAAUGGUAAUGGUGGUAGCAUCCACGGCAGCAUCCACGGCAUUACUAGUAGUGGUAGCAGCAAUGGAAUGAGGGGGUCAACUGGGGAGUAUCUUGUACGUCCGUUAAACCGAGUAGCCUGGGACAAACUGUCACCUGAAGAGGUAGAAGAUCAGCAACAGGAAGACUCUACAGGGGACAGUGACGUAUCUACUAGGGGGGCAAUGACUGAAACUGGGACUGAAGCUGAAACUGGGACGACAACGACAACGACAAAGACAAAGACAACAACAACAGUUCGAGAAGGUUCAGAAAGUACCAGAGGAGGAGGUAGUUCUGGAGCAUCCAAUACUUGGGGGUCUGGUGGGCGACGAGUGGCUGUUGGUGGAGUAGAUGGGAUUGUGAGUGUUUUUGGGGUUGGCGCGGGGGUUUGUACGGCCAAGGCUGGUGACUGGUUGCAGAUGGAGCGGCUUGUUGCACAGCUUGAGGAGGAUCUUGUUGCAAGUGAUGGCAGCAGCAGUAACAACAACAACAACAACAACAACAGCUUUUUGUAA